AUGGGGCUGCAGACGGAGCGUCCCGGAGGCCGCGGCUUCCUGGGAGAGGAGGAGGAGGAGGAGGAGGAAGAAGAGGAGGAGGAGGAGGAGGGGAACUCCCGCAGCCGGGACAGCGGGCCCGGACUCCUGGCUCCCCCGCCCCGUCCGGGCCUGGAGAGGGACCCCGAGUGGGGACCCCGUCCUGCCUCCCCGAGGGACCCCCGAGGCCUCAACGCACACCUGCAGCUGGGGUUCGAGGACGUGAUAGCGGAGCCCCCGUCGGCCCACACCUUCGACUCGAUCUGGGUCUGCAGCCACGCCUUCUUCGAGCUCAGCAAGUACCUGAUCUACAAGCUCCUGACCGUGGUGCUAGCCAUCCCGCUGGCCUUUGUGGCCGGGCUCGUCUUCGCCAUCCUCAGCUGCCUGCACAUCUGGAUCGUGAUGCCUUUCAUAAAGACCUGCCUCAUGGUCCUGCCUUCCGUGCAGGCGGUGUGGAAGAGCGGGACCGAUGUCCUGGUGGCCCCGCUGUGUCAGAGCUUCGGCAAGAUCUUCUCCUCGGUCAAGCUGAGACUGGGCCCCAGUUGAAGGGCCCGGACUGGCCGGCUGACCAGUCGGCUAUGACGACUCUCCAUAGCAGCCAUGACUGAGGGGCCCCACUGGCUAUUCUACAGACCUGCUCCUCUGAAGAGGGACUUUUUAAGUGGGAAAUUUUAUCUGGGACUUCUUCAAUAACUUUCUUUCAGGGCAACAACUCGCCGUUCUCUCACCCAUAUUUCUCCUAGCACUCCACCCCAUUUUAAACCAGGGUUCACUUUAGAUUUCCAGACCGAGGAUGACCCGUUCGUAAAACACCCCAGCAAAUAGACCAAAGCGGUCUGUAGUUUAAAUGCUGUCUGAUGAGGAAGCGUUUCGGGGAAGGAUUUUUCAGGCGACCGUGGCAGUGAUGUGAAGAAUUUCGGUUAAACAUUCAGCAGUCCUUGCACAAGAUAUCUGGAGCCUUAUUGUUUACUGCCUGCUUUUACUGUUGAACACUUGUUGCUAAGUAAGGGGGUGGUGAAGGUUGCCAAAGUGCAUAAACGCUUCCACAUCAAUCUGAAACAGAGUCCUUCAAAUAUGGUGUUACCCAAUGCCAGAGGCGCAGAGUUCAUCUGCCAGCCUUAUUUAAUCAAAAGUUCCCCCAAUGAAAAUUUUGUGUGGCCUUCUCGGUUUUCCUGAAAGGAGUUAGAGUGUGUCAGCAACCCCGCAGCCCUGUCACGCUGAACGUGGUGGGGAGGGUACGGAGGAAAGUGAAAUUUGGAGGAGCGAGAUUGAUCUGCCUUGAUUCUGCAAAUCUGUUAAACAUUUAACAGAUUUAAAUUUAACAGAUUUAAAUUCAAACAGAUUUAAAGCAACAAAACAUUUGAUGAUGUAGUUUUGUGUCCGAAUCUGGUAAAAGAUAUCAGAAACUUUUUUCCUACAGAUUGUGCCCCCAGAAGAGCCUGUUUAUUCCCAGCCUCAUUAUAGUAUUUAAAAUAAUGUGUACCCCAGUGACCCUAUGAUAACCGGGACUCAUUUUCCCUUACAUUCAGGAGUCAAACUGGUAUUGGAAAUUCCUCAGCCUUCUUCCCCUUAGAGUGCAAUGACUUGGAUAGGUGCUAUUUUAUACUUCCUCUUCUACUGCACUCUCAUUCAUUCAUUCAUUCAUUCAAUCGGAUUUAUUGAGCGCUUAC